AUGCUCCUCGUCACCCAGUGCCGACCUGCAGGAGGCCCGGUAGUGGCGGCCUCGGCAUUUCAAGACGAUGUGGGGGGCGUGCUGGUCGCCACCGACUCCACAGUAUCCUUCUACGCUUGCGGCGGCGGCAGCGGCGACAGCGGCGUCGAGCAGAGGUGGCAGCACCACUGCCCCCUCAGCAGCAGCAGGGUGGAGUAUAUCGCUCCCUUGACCGACGGCGCAUUCCUCGUGAUUGUCAGCAGCAGCAGGGUGGGCCAUGGCGCCGAGCCACCUCAGAUAGCCCUCGUGGCUGCCGCGCCACUCGCCGGCUCGGGCCCCAGCACUGGGGACACCGUGACGCACUUUGAUGUGCUCGCCGCCGCCCCGCUGGAGGCGGCCGAGCAGCAGCACGGCGAGCUGCGGGCGUGGCGCCCCGCCUUCAGCAGCGUGGCUCGCUGCAGCAGCAGCGGCGGCAGCGGUGCGGUGCUCAUGCUGGCGGCCAGCCUGCGGCAGGGCACGGUGCACCUCGUCAGGGCCGAGCGGCAUGGGGAGCGGGACUGGAGCCUGUCCAGCACAGAGACCAGCCUCUGCCACCUGCUGACUACCGAGCCAGGCGCUGCCAUAGUGGUGGAGUCGGCGGCACUCGGCCCCGCCAGCGCCUGCCUGGCGCCCGGCGGCAGCCUGCACUGCACGCUGCUGUACAGCAGCAUCAUGCUGGGCGGCGGCGCCCGGGUCAGGCAUGUGGCGUGCCUGGAGGUGCAGGCGCAGGACAGCUCGCUGAGCAGCUGCUGCUGGUUCAUCGGCAACGUCCACCCCUCCACCUCGCUCGUGGCGGCGCUGCCGGGGGCCCGCACCCUUGUGGCCUCCGCCUGCCGCCUGCUGCUGGUGCAGGCGGACGCGCCGCGGGAGCGGGUGCAGGUGGCCGUGCAGCUGGCUGGCAGGCCCACCUGUGCGGCAGCCCUGUCCCGACAUGUGGCAGUGGUGGGCGACAGCCAGGGCCAGCUGGUGUUGCUGGAUCUGCGGCACCCGUCGACGGCGCCGGUGGCUCGGGGCCUGCUGCCAGCUGCGCCCUCCUGCCUCGCCUUCAUGGCGGCAGGGCAGCGCCCAGACUGUGCAGCAGGGGAAGCCGAGGGGGCGGGCCGAGCCGUGGACGAAGCCCCUUCGCCAGCCGCGGGCAUCCUGUUUGCGGGCAGCACCGGCGGCAGCGUGUUUCUGGAGGUGCCGGAGGCAGCGCUGGACGCCGAAGGCAGCGCCGAGGCCCAGCAGGAGGCGGCAGAUCCGGCGGCGUGGCAGCUUGCCUCUGGCGGCGGUGUGGACAGGCUGGCCGCCAGCGCAGCGCCCGUCACCUUCUGCCAGCUCAUCGACUGCCCCUCUGGCUGCGGCGACAAGCGCCUGCUCAUGUGCUGCGGUACUGCCCCGUUUGGGCGCCUGGCUCUGGGCCGGAUGGCGGCGGGCCUCAGGCCGCUGGCAGUGGGAGGCGACCACCUGCCGGGCCUGGUGCGGCUGCUGGCCUUGCAAGCGUCGGGCACCGCCGCCGCACGGUGCUACCUGCUGCUUUCUUCUGAGGACCCCGCCGCCGACGCCGCCGGCCACGGCUGGACCACGGUGCUGGAGGCCACGGCCGGCGGCCUGCACGCCGCCGUGCUGCCGGGCUUGCAUCUGGAGGCGGCCACGCUGCUGGCCGCCGGCCUGCCAGGAGGGCACAUGCUGCAAGUGACGCCGCAGGCCGUCCGCACGUUCUGCCUUUCCACCGGCGCCCUGCAGUCGUGCUGGCAGCCCCCCAGCGGCGCCGCCAUCUCGCUGGCUGCGGCCUGCGGGCAGCACGUCGCGGUGGCGUACGGCGGCGAGGUACAGGUGCUGUACUGCGGCGGCGGCACGGGGCAGAUGCGAGAGGAGCGCCUCCUGCGCCUGCCGCAGCAGGCGUCUGCGCUGGCGCUGUUCCAGCCGGGGCAGGGCGGUUGCAACGCUGGCGGCGAGGUGUGGGUGGCGGCGGGGCUGUGGAUGAGCAAUGAGGUGGUGCUGCAGCCGCUGUCUGCUGAGCAGCCCGCCGCCCGGCUCGGCCUGGCCCACCACCAGCCGCGCUCCCUGGCUGUGUGCCAGCUGGGCGGCAGCGGCGGCGGCCGCCACCUGGUGGCUGGCACCAGCAGCGGGGAGGUGGUGUGGUGGCGCCUGGUGACCCGGCUGGACGCGUCUGGCGCCGUGUGCGGCGUGCAGCUGGAGGAGGGCGGCUGGGCGCGGGCCGGCCUGGCCGCCGUCAGCCUGCACGCGCUGCACCAGCCGGGCAUUCUGGCCGUGUCAGACCAGGCGCUGCUGCUGGCGGCGCCCCACCCGGAGCGCUCGCCCGCCGCCGCCAGGGUGCACGGCGGCCAGGGCCUCACCGCAGCCUGUGCGCUGCCCGCUGGCAGCCAGCCGCAGGCCAACAGCCUGGCCUACAUCCAAGCCGGCCGGCUGCACAUCGGCUGCCUGGAGCCUGGCGUGCAGCUGCGGUGGGAUGAGGCGGCGCUCGGUGGCGGGGCGGCGCCGCGCGCUGCCGCCUACCACGCCGCCAGCGGCUGCGCGGCCGUGGCCUGCUCCGAGCGCGGCGGCGGCUCCAGCCUGCGCCUGGUGGAUGUGGGUGCCAUGAGGGAGGUGGCCCGCGUGCCGCUGCCCCCACGCCACACCGUCACCGCGCUGGCGGUGGCGCCGCUGCCCUGCUCCUCUGGCUGGCAGCGGCAGGCCUCGGGGCAUGGCGGCGAGGCCGGCGCAGGCGCGGCGGCAUACGGCCAGCCGCAGGCGCAGGCGCAGCAGCCGGGCUGCGCACAGUUCCUUCUGGUGGCCACUGCGCCUGAACGCGGCGCCGCUCCUCCCUCGCACGGCAGCGGCGAGGGCAGCCCGGCGGCAGGCGAGGAGCGGCUGCCGCUGCCAGCAGACAGCGAUGCAAGCCAGCCGUGGUGGCGGCAGCAGGGCCAGCAGGGCCAGCAGGGCCAGCAGCAGCAGGGGCAGCAGGGGCAGCAGGGGCAGCAGGAUGGCGUGCCCUGGCGGCCGCAGGGCUCGCUGUCGGUGUAUGAAGUGCGGUUCAGCCUGGCAGUCGUGCACCCCGAGGCCGAACCGCUGUACGCCUCGCCCGCAGCGGCAGCAGAAGACGGCGCCGCCACCGCGAGCAGCAGCGAGCCCGCGCCGGCAGCGCCAGCGGCGGCUGCCACCCAGCCACCGCUGCUGGCUGCCGGGUGCGACGAUGGCGCUGUGCGCCUGUACAGAGUAUAUGUGGAUGAUGCGGGGGUGGAAAGGCGGCAUGCGCUGGAGUCCAGCCUGGCAGCCAUCACAGUUGCGGUGCCACCUCUGCACCUGGCAGGGGAGCAGGCGCCGGAUGCAGAAGCUUCUGUGGCGGCAGGCCCGCACCAACGGCCCGCCGGCUCUGCUGCCAGUCGCCCCGCCGCCCCCGUGGCGUCAGCGCAUGGCAGCCGCCGGCUGUGGCAGGGUCAUGUGGCGCUGCAGCUGGUUGCACAGGCUCCCACCGCCUUUGAGGGCUGCCCCACCAGCCUGGCGGUGCGGGGCAGCGCUGUGUAUGCCCUGGACCUCUUCUCAUCGCUGACCGUGUUCCGCGCGCAGCCGGUGGCGGCAGGCCAGCUGCCCAGCUUGGUGCCCCUGGCUGCUGACCCCUCUGGGCGCCACGUCAGCGCCAUGCUGCCGCUGUCAGAGGGCAAGGUGGUGGCGGGCCUGCAGUCUGGCGGCCUGCUGCUCCUGCGGCGUGACGAGGAGGCUGAACGGCACAGGCAGGACGCGGUGAGGAAGCGGUGGGAGCAGCUGCAGGAGCAGGGAGCAGCAGGCGGGACGGACGGCAGCGGCAGCGGCGGGCCGCCCGCACCCACGCUACGCGAUGCUGCGCCGCUGGAUGUGGCGGCCUCGUAUCACACGCCCAGCGGCUUUGCGGGCAUGGGUGCGGGGGUGCUGGGCGUUCCGCUGCGGAGGGUGGAGGAGCUGUACCGCAGCGAAGGCACAAGCAGUACCACCGACGGCGCAGACGGCUGCCAGCCUGCCCCCAUGGCUACGCUGGUGUGCACCAACGGCACGGUGCUGUCCGCUCGCCUGCUCACGCCGGCCCAGCACCAGCAGCUGGUGGCGCUGCAGCGGGCGGUGCUGAUAGCCUGCGAGGAGGGAGGCUGCAUCGAUGGCGCCAAGCUCAUGGCAGCCUAUUUGCAGCCUGAUCUCCUGCAGCAGCUCGAACAGGCAUUCCCCGUUGCCCUGGUGGAGCAGGGGCGCGACAUUUUGGGCCUGCUCUAA